GUUUUUUGAAACCCAUAAAAUGGGCCUGGAAAGGGUACCCUUAGAUGGUUUAACUCGCCAUCUUCUCCUGAACAGAUACACACUCCUUUCCGCCCCAUCUUCAACACGGCCAUGUCGGAAAAAGGACUGGACUACCGGGGCAUAUGUGAAAACGUCCAUGAACGACGUCUACAACAGCUCCAGUCCUUAGCAAGUUCAACAUUUCAACCAGUGACCCCUGCCGAACACCAAAUCUUGUCGUAUUCUGUCUCAGAGAUCAUUGCAAAAUGUUGUCAAGGAACGAUAACGAGAGCUUCAAUCCGUCAAAGUUACAUGAAAAAGGUUGUCGACGCGCAGAAGGAGUUCAAUUGUGUUAGUGAGGUCUUGGAUUUGGACAAGGAACCGCACAACUCGGAUGAGAAGAUUUAUGCAAGGCCGUUGGAAGGUGUUCCUGUAACUUUGAAGGACACCAUCGACGUUGCCGGUCAUUGCACAACCAUCGGUUUUGCUCGCAACGCCAACAUGCCAGUUCACUCUCACAGCCCGUUAGUUCGCCUGCUUUUGGACGCGGGAUGCAUCAUACUCGCCAAAUCUACAGUCCCAACCGCCCUCUUCAGUAUUUCCACUUCAUCACCUCUUUUCUCAGGUCCCACUCUGAACCCUCAUAAUCCGUUGUACGGAGUAGGUGCAUCCACAGGAGGCGGUGCCGCUCUUGUCGCCUCGCGCGCAACACUAGUUGAAAUGGGCUCAGACGUAGCUGGCUCUAUCCGACUACCGUCCCAUUUCGCUGGACUGUAUGGAUUGAAGGGUAGUGUGGGAAGAUGGCCAAGCGAACGGAAUAGGAGUAGCAUGGAGGGCGUCGAAUGUCUCAAAACGUCUGGUGGUCCCCUGACGCGGAGUAUGGCCGAUCUCCUCCAUGUUUGGCGAGCUGUCAUUGAAAUGAAACCAUGGGAAUAUGAGUCUGCAUGUUUACCUAUGGCAUGGAAUGAGGACGAUGUCCAGCGUGUGUCUCAGAGCGCCCAAAACGAUGAUCCUACGAAAAAGCUCAAGUGGGGGGUGAUUUGGACCGAUGGUGUCCUGCCUCCUUCUCCAGCCUGCCGGCGUGCCCUAGCAAUGACCAUUGACGCACUGCGCGAUCAGGGUCACGACGUAGUCGACGUUACUCCGCACACCCCGUCUAUACCCGAACUCCUUACGGUUGGGUACCAACUCGCAUUCGGUGACGGUUGCUCUCAAAUCCUAUCUCAACUUCACAGCGACGGAACCGAGCCAUUAAAUCAGCCUCUACAAGCAAUCGUUGACAUGGUCAGAAUGCCGAGCUGGAAGAGGUGGCUACUCGGAACGUUGGUGCGGUGCUUGGCUUUCUUCGGAGUUGGAGUACCGAAGGAACUUCAAACAAAGUUGCGAGUCGAUCCCACACCGGAGGGAUGGCUUACCCGCAUCUUGGACGCCUUAUUUCCCCUCCGCCGUGCAGGUUACGAUUUUUACAAAGAUCAACUUGGACUCCUCUCGGUCAUGAAAGCUCGGGACAUGUACUCGGAACGUGCCUUGGUCCAUUGUCGAAAUCAAUUCCGCCGUGAAUGGCACGAAAGGAUUUGGAAGGAGCAAGGAGUAGAUUUUCUACUUACACCUGCAGCUCCUUUCCCUGCACUAAGAGAGGAAAGUGGUGGUCCAGGAGACAGAAAGUGGCCUUUGGGUGCGGACUCGGAGUUGCAGCCAGAGGAGAGCCGUGGAUGGUUGAGUCGACUGUUUGGGCGGUUAUGGGGCAAGAGACAGAAGAAGCAAGUGGUGGCUAGCGGGGAUCCCGAGCGCGCUGGGCUAGUCAGCGCCGGUUACUUAUUCUUGUUCAAUCUGCUUGACUAUACUGCUGGUGUUGUUCCGAUCACUACUGUUGACCGAGAUUUGGACGCGUUGGUUCCACCUCAUCCUCAAAGACGCGUUCAUGAAGUGGAACCUCAAGGAAAGAUUUACCAAACACGGUUGCCAGGGAGCAUUUACGAACGUUAUGGCGAUGGUAGAGUGCCUUUACCAGAAGAAGGAUAUCCGAGACACGAGCCCCCUUCCCCUGUACCUUCCAAUUCAUCCACACUUUUCGACCCUAUUGAUCGGAUAUACGACAAGUUGCAUUCGCAUUCGCUAGAGCAGGAGGUGGAACGCGAGAUACGACGCAGUCCCUCCGCGGAACCUUCUUAUCCAUACUAUGCAUCGAAUGCCACUUCUUUUACUGCCUUUUCCGUGUAUGACUCAAUCGGGAUGCAUGGGCUACCUGUUGGUAUUCAAGUUGUUGGGAGGCAAUUGGAAGAGGAGAGAGUCUUGGGUGCGAUGAGUGUUGUGGAUAAUGCAAUAAAAACUAUGGGUUGGUGUAUUAAUUAAUUCUCCUUUCCUCUUUUUCUUUCUGUUGUCUCUCAGCACAUACACUCCUUUCUUGUUUCUUUUUCUCUGUCCACACUCUGAUAAGGCUUCUCAUUUUCUCUCUUCUUUAUUGACCGUGCUUUGCAUCGCAUCUCAUUCUUUCGAUUCGAAUUAUAACCUAUAGCUAUUUUAUGUUGACGUGCUUUAGCACCUAUGUACUUUUAUAACAUCGUUAAUCCUCAACACUAAACGGGAUUCCUUUGUAGUUCAGUCGAGUAGCAUUUUAGUUUGAACUGUACCAAACGUAGCAUGUUCGAUCGCGACCUUGCUCUUACCACUACCAUCAUGACGCACGUUCUUGAAGCGCC